CACCUUCUGCGCUUUUUACAGUGAGUGCUCAUCGAACCCAAGAAGCACCGAUCCUGGAAAAUAACAGGUGUCCAGACUCUGGCCACCAUGAGCUUGCCUGCCAUUGGGAUUAUUGGUGCCAUCAAUGAAUGCGUCACUUUGUUUCGGUGGGCCAAAUCUGCCAUUUCAUCUCUGCAUUCCCGAUGGAGUGGCUCACAGGAGCAAAGCCUCCAGGAUGGUGUGUUGCUAUUGGAGAGUGGACUACAACGCCUCAGGGAUACUCUUCCUGCAAUGUAUGACCUAAUCAACAAAGCAGAGUGGAGAAGCCAUGAGGAAAAUGUGACCAAGCUGCUUCCCAAUCUCAAGGACGCAGUGUAUGAGGCCGAGGACCUUCUCGAUGAGUUCACAUGGUACAAGAUGAAGGUGCAAGUGGAGGGCAAUGCAAGCCAAUCUCCUUUCACUGAUUUUUAUGAUACCAUAAUCCAAGGCAGCUUCAACAAACUGAGUGAUGUCCAUUCAAGAUUGAAUCUUCUUUCAAGCCAUCUGGAGAAUAUGGGGAUUCGUGGAGUUGCACAACGCUUUGACAAAUUAGUCAGGCCGGAGACCACCUCUAUGCCAAAUGAAACAAAAAUAUUUGGUCGUGACAAAGAACUGAAGCAGGUAUUGGGAUUUCUUAAUAUACCUACAAAUUCAAAACGCAAGCGAGCAAUUAGUUCAAUUAAUGCAUCAACAAGUGCAUCAGCAAGCAACCAAGUUAGUAAUGAAUCAAGAAUAUCUGCUAUUCCUGUUCUGUCAAUAGUUGGAAUUGGGGGUGUAGGAAAGACUACUUUGGCCCAACAUAUCACCAACCAUCAAAGAGUGAAGUCACACUUUGAGCUAAUAAUUUGGGUUUGUGUCUCAGAUGACUUUGACAUAAAGAGGUUAACUAAAGAGGUCAUACAAUCUUGUAAUGGAAAGGAGGCAACAUCUGAUAAUUUGGAUGCUCUUCAACGAGCGCUUAUAAACCAUGUGGACAAAAAAAGGUUAUUCAUUGUCCUUGAUGAUAUGUGGGAUGAUGCCAUGAAGGAAAAUGGGCAGUGCUGGAAGAGGUUUUGUGCACCUUUUAGAAGUGUCCAAGAGGGAAGUGUGAUGUUGGUCACCACUAGAUGUCCAACUGUUGACGAGGGGGUGCGCACAAUGGAUCCCGCUAUAUUAGAAGGUCUAAAAGAUGAACUUUUUUGGAAUUUCUUCAAAUUGUGUGCCUUUGGAUCCGAGAGUUCUCGCAAUGACCCUGAGUUGGAGUCAAUUGGUAGAAAAAUAAUUCCUAAACUGAAGGGUUCUCCCUUGGCCGCCAAAACUCUUGGUCGAAUGUUAAGCACGGACCUUCAAGCAUCACAUUGGAAUUCUAUACUUGAGCAUGAACUCUGGGAGUUGAGUCAACAAGAGACUGACAUUUUGCCUGCCAUUCGGUUGAGCUUCAUGUAUUUACCAUUCCAUUUGAAGCAAUGUUUCUCAUUCUGUGCUGUGUACCCCAAAUUAAGAUUACAAAUUUGAGAAGUAUUCCUUAGCUGAUAUUUGGGGAGCAGAAGGGUUUGUGGAUCCUCAAGGUGGUGCUACAAUUCUAUCUACAAGUUUGCAGUAUUUUGAAGACCUUGUAACACGGUCCUUCUUUCAAAGGGUUGGUAGUAGAUA